AUGAGAAAAAGCAUAGCCGGCGGAUCAUCGGGGACACGCGAGGAGAAGGAUAGCGAGUCGGGGGAAAUGGAAACGGAGAGAAAGCCUUCGGUUGUUAGAGUUGACGAAUUGACUCCGCUGCUCAAUAGCGGGGAUGCGGCAGGAUCAUCAUCAAGCAUCGCGAGCACACCUCCGUUCUCAAGCAACGCCUCUACUACGCGUCUGACUCCUGACGCGCCUACGCCUCCAGGGAUCAUUGGCAAUGCCUCUACUACGCGUCUGACUCCUCCAGAAAAAGUGGCGAUGGGGGAUGAAGAAGAGGCAUACGAUGAUGACCAACCGCAGUGCCGAAUCUGUCUCGAGAGCGACGGUGACGACCUCAUCGCUCCUUGCAAAUGCAAGGGCUCUGCACAAUUCGUGCACCGUUCUUGUCUGGACCAAUGGCGGGCCACCAAGGAGGGAUUUGCUUUCUGCCAUUGCUCCACGUGCAAGACGCGCUUCCACCUGCGCGUGUGCCCGCCGCCCGACCCGCGAUGCCGCCACCUCAAAUUCAGAUUCUUUGUCGCGAGUGAUAUCGUGUCCGUAACACUGCUGGUGCAGAUGCUGAUUAUCUGCUUUGGCUGCAUUGCAUACGUGGUGGAUAACUAUUUCGACAUGGGCUUGCAGAAAUCAUGGGGCGUGGAAAGUGCAGCAACGUUCUACUACAUUUGUGGUGAGAGAGGGAGUGAGAGAGGGAGUGAGAGAGGGAGUGACAGAGGUAGUAACAGAGGGAGUGAGAGAGUGAGAGGAUGUUUCUUGACCAAGUGUGCUGCUCAUGAUCGUCUCUUCCUUGUCUCUGUGGGUGUUGGCACCAUCGCUCAUGUGCCAUCACUCUUCCUUCCGCACAAUCACUCCGUCAUAACGUGUGUUGACCCACCCCCUGGUCAGAUCUCCCUUAACCAUCUCGUCGUGUCCGUCCAUUCCCCUCAUGCCUUAUCUCGACCAGGCCUGCUGCUCUUCCUUGUGUCUGCCGGCCUCCUCGGUGCCAUCAUGACAUGUGUUGACCGCCGAAUUCGCAACGAUCUGGCUGCUCCCUGCAGGGACCUGGAAGCCUGCUGCUGCGACCCGCGUGUAGGUUGCUGUAGAUAUUGCUACAUUUGUCCCGGAGGUACCGGCCCGGACUGCUCCUGCUGCCUCCACCCCUGCACUGGCUGUGGUCACUGCUGUGCGGGCACGUGCACUGCGGAGGGAUGGCUUUCCUUCAUGGUGCUCCUAUCGGUCGUGCUGGCUUUUGUGGGGGUGUUUUACUGCUUCCUGGUCUCGAUCCUGGUGGGGCAGCGGAUUUGGCAGCGGCAUUAUCACAUCCUCGCUAAAAGGAUCCUCACUAAGGAAUUUAUCGUGGAGGAUUUGGCUGGAAUGUCCCUCCCUCCUGAUUGGUCGCCACCGCCGCUGCUGCCGGAACACGAGAGGCAGCUCAGGGAUCUGCGGCUUCUGUGA